AUGCUUUUAUUCCAUUCAAAGGUGCACUCUUUAUUCCCUCUCAAUGAUUUUGGUGGGUACGAUGAUCGAUUAGAAGAACGUGACACUUACUGUGGAGAAUCACAUUUCCGGAGAUAUUUUUUAGAAGGGCCCAACAAUUAUGUAGAUGUCUACAGCUUAUUUAAGGUAAUUAUGUCAUUAUUUUUGUUAUACCCUGAAUUCAUAUUUCUAAAUAUCUAUAUUCUUGAGUAAAAAAUUAAUUGUAUGUUUACAUAAAACAGAUACUCUUUGUUUCCUGCAGGGCCAUUGAGAAAAGCCUAAAGAUUGUAUUUAUUUAUUUUUUUAAUUUAAAAAAUAUGUAAGUAAGUAAUUCAGAAAUAUACAUAUAUUCAGUUGAUUGAAAAAAUCUUUAAUGGAUAUAUAUAAAUAUAUAUAUAUAUAUAUAUAUAUAUAUAUAUUAUAUAUAUAUAUUUUAUAUAUAUAUAUAUAUAUAUAUAUAUAUAUAUAUAUAUAUAUAUAUAUAUAUAUAUAUAUAUAUAUAUAUAAAGCACAAAUAAUGGCACUCACCCUUCCUGAUGUAAUGAAUAGUAAAGUGCCCUGGUGCAAUCUUAUGCUGAUAAAUAAUUAUAUUGAAGAAAGAUGCACUCUUCGGUCAUUUUAAGAAUAUUAAUGGUCUUUAAUCCAUCAAAGGUUUACAGGUUGCUUGAUCAACGUUUCGACCCGUUCAGGUCUUCCUCAGGAUCAACUUAUAACCAUAAAAUCAAGAUAUAUAUAGAAAAAGAUAAACAGUACUCACCAAUGGUGAUGUGAUUCCCUCAUCCAUUCAGUCCACACCUGGAAGUGAAAACCAGAAGUCACGUGACAUGCAGGAUCAUGUGAGAGUUAUGCCAGUGAGUGGAGUUGCUAGGAGACCAAUGAAAAUAUUAUAGGAAUGGUCUCAUAUCGGUCUGUGAUUAUGAAAUAUAUGUGGGUAGUUAUUAAAUUUCAUAGGUGAAAGCAGUGUAUAUAAUCUACACACAUUCAUUAAAUAUAUGUGUCAGCAAGUGAUAGAAAUACAGUGUCAUAAAGUGUCAUGUGUAAAAAACGAUCUUACACCAAAGUGUCUGCAACCAAGGUGAAAAUAGAUUUGUGUAGUUAAACAUAUAUACAAAUACCAAAUUAAAACAUAUAUGUCAGCCAUGGACAUAAACUAAAGUAUAUGUUUUUUGUGUAUAAUAUAGAUUAUCUGUUAUUUAAAGGCAUAGGCAGGAGCAAUUUGAAAGGUCACAAUGUAUACCCCAUAAUAACUCUCUAAUAAACAGAGGAGCUUAGAAGUAUCAACAUUUGGACAUCGUUCCCUAAACAUUAGGAACAACAAUUGUUUUAUAUCUUAUAGCGCAAUCCAAGUUUUGCAGAACUUUUUUAUAUGUAUAUAUAUAUAUUAUUCCACCUGUAUAUUAGCUCAAAAAGAAAGUUUUUAUCUAUUCAGUCCCCUUCACCCUAUCCCACACCUGGAGAUAGGGUGAAGGUAAUGAGGAAAAAAAAAAAUGUCCAGAUGUCAAAAGGAUGACAUAGGUAUCUCUCGAAUUGAGAUUAAAGAUUAAUGAGAAAUAGUGCCCAAGGAUAUAGAUAUGAGACUACCAAAAAUCUAAAUAAGUGAAAAGAAUAGAACUCUAAACUGCAAAAAAAAUAAACAGUACAAAAUGUAUCCAAAAAAUAAAACAUUUGAACAAUCUAGAUCCUAGACAUAUAAUAUCUUCAUAGCUUCAUAUAGAGAGGAUUAGGAAUUUUAAAGGUAUACAUUAUAACCUAAUUUAGAAAUAGCAGAUUAAAGAAAAACUGAGUACACAACAGUAUCACAUCACAAUUGGUGAGUACUGUUUAUCUUUUUCUAUAUAUAUCUUGAUUUUAUGGUUAUAAGUUGAUCCUGAGGAAGACCCAAACGGGUCGAAACGUUGAUCAAACAACCUGUAAACCUUUGAUGGAUUAAAUACCAUUAAUAUUCUUAAAAAGACCGAAGAGUGCAUCUUUCUUCAAUAUAAUUAUACAUACAUACAUAUAUAUAUAUAUAUAUAUAUAUAUAUAUAUAUAUGCAUUGUUACAUUAAUAUAUAAAUAUAGGAUCAUUUCAUUUUUACAUAAUGUAAUAUAAUAAUAAUAAUACAAAUCAUCAGACUACUAAUAUGAUUUCCUUAUAGAUACAGCAUUGACUUAGUUAAGAUAGUUGCAAUAAAGUCAGUAGAAUUGUAACGUAUGAAACUGAUAUGAUGUACAGGAGCAGGAGGAAUUUUGGGAAAUCUUAGUAGAUUUCAGGCCUACUGUCCUGACGGCAUUUAGACGCACAAUUUAAAAUCUUCCCUAAACCUAAAGUCCUUUAAGAGAUCCCUCUCUACAUACCUCAAAACAGAAUGCACCUGUCAUGGUUAAUUAUAUAUUUCCUGCCUGUUCUAUGUUAAAUUUUGUAUAUAUUGUGUAUUAAUAUUGUUUUUGUGUUUUAUUGUACCCUAUUGUAUCAAUGCAAUGUUUAUGUGGACCCAGAACAUACUUGAAAACAAGAGAAAUCUCAAUGUAUCUUUCCUGGUAAAAUAUUUUAUAAAUAAAUAAUGUUUUUAUAAUCUAACAGUUAGAAUUUUCCUUUGAAUUGCAGGACAUGCGCUUGAAAAUAAUGACCAAUGCGAACAUUAAGAAGCCUGUAGAAUGUCAUCAUUUUGUUAUUGCAUAUAGUAACACAGCAAUAUUCAGACCAAUCUUUUUACGUCGAAAUAUGAAAGACGUUGGUGAGCUACUUUUAAAAAAUAAAUAAACAAAUAUAUAUAUUGGAGAUUGUAGCCAUAUUAGUCCAGUGAUGCAGAUGUAAAAUAACAUAGAAAUUAUAUGUGGGGUUUUUAUUGGACUAACGGAAUUUUAUAAUGACAAGCUUUUGGGAGAACCCCCCUUUCUCAAGUUUAAAGCAAAGACAACGUGGAUGUACAUAUAUUUGUGCAUUUGGUUGUAUUUAUAUGUAUAUCAUUGUAUGUGCUUGUCUAUACUUGUUCACAUCCACUACUUGUGUAUAUGUAUAUGUGCCUGUGUGUCUGUCUAUGCUGUAUAUAGGCCUUUGUGCAUAUUCUGGAAUUCUUGUAUGUGAAUUCAUGCAUUCUUAAUCUAAGUAAUUCAUUUUUUACUCUCCUUUUCUAGCACCAUAUUUGCUUGUUUUUCUCUCUCUCUCCCCCCUCACUCUGUGAUCCUCACAAAAGAUAUUUAAAGCCCUCUUUAUGACUGGUGUCUAUUUUCUAUCCAACCUGUGCCUUAUCUGCACUCAUGUCGCUUUAACCCCUGUAUCACAAUUUAACUUUAAAUUCUAUGUGUCGUUGUGCUUAGAGAUGCUUUAGACUUGAGAAAUGGAGGUUCUCCAGAAAGCUUGUCAUUACAAGAUUCUGUUAGUCCAAUAAAAAAGGUAUCACAAGAUACACAUUUUAUGUUAUUUUACAUAUAUAUAUAUAUUUUUUUUUUUUUUUUACAUUUCUUCUAUAUUUGAGUUCUCUGCUGGACCACCCCUUUUUCAUUUUACUAAGAAUUAUUAUUGAAAGACACAGAUGCGCACUCACACACGCACAUAACUAUAUCUGUGUAUACACAUGUAUUUUCUUUUGUUCCUUGAUUACUCAGAUGUCCUUAUUGGUUGACCAGUACUUGUGUGUCCAUCUUGAUAUAGAAAUCCUACAUGUACCUAGUCCUGUCAUUCCCAUCUACCCUUUGUGGCAUCUCCUAUCUGGACUUAAGAAAGUCUAGCCCAUAUAAGAUGCAGAUAUAACUAUUCACAAUCUUUCACAUGGCUGGGCUGUGUCUGAAAUCAUAUUGCAUAGUCUGCAUAUUGGGUCCUGUGUAGUGUGAUAGACCCACACUUCUCUUGUGCUAUAUGUAUAUUCAGUAACCAUUCUGCAUACUCAUCAAUUUUAAUUUACCUUAGAUGAAACUGAAGUAAUGUCUGUUGCACCAAACAACAUCCCAGAUGAGCCAAAAAAGACAGAAAAAGUCAGACAAUAUUUCCCUGAGACCUGGCUAUGGCAGCUAAGCCUUUUAGGGUAAGGAACUGGACUGUUUAAUUUCAAAUAUUUACUAUGACAACAUUAACUUCUAUUAGAUGCUGUAGUAAAUCUUUAUCACAGUGACGUGUUAUGUCUAAUUGUUUUGAUAUGUGUCACAGAGACUCGGGCAGUGUUCAGCUCCAUGAGACAGCCCCAGACACCAUCACGGACUGGAAUGCAGGGGCCUUCUGCUUGGGACCCAAUGGUUUUGGAAUAUCCUCCGCAGCCACUCUUAGAACAUUUCAGCCAUUUUUUGUGGAACUCACACUGCCAUACUCUGUGGUCCGUGAAGAGUCCUUCACCCUCAAAGCCACUGUCUUUAACUACCUGAAGGAGUGUAUAAUGGUAAUGGAUAGAUGUUAA